AUGACUUUUGCUGAUUCCCUAGUAAUUGGGGGUGGUCCGGCUGGCAUUCUAACCAUCGCAUCAUGCCUUGAAUACUUUCCGUCGGACCAUCGGAUUCUGUGGGUCGAUCCGGCAUUUAAAUGUGGCUAUUUAUCGAUGCUUGACAAUGUCCCAAGCGUAAAUCAUUUUGCAUCUAUCAAGCCUCUCGUUUUCAAGAAAGGAUCGAAACUAACGCAACUGAUGGAUGGCCUGCAUGAAGAUGAAUUUUACCAUUUAAGUCGAUAUAAAGAGAUUUUUCUGGAAUUACAAAAUGAGCUCUUGGUAGCGUUUCCAUCGCGAAUCGUUAUGAAACAAAGCCUGAUUUCAAAAUUGGAAUACAAUAGUGGCGAAGAUCUUUGGACGGCUAAAAUCGGUGAUGGAGAUGACGUUUUCUGCAAAAAUGUUUUUAUUGCAAGUGGCUCUCACCCCAAAGUUGACAUUGCAGGGUUUAUUCCUCCGUGCGCAUCUAUUCCUCUUGAAGUUCCCCUUAACGAGGGUCCUGAGCUAAAUGAGUUUAUUACAUCAUCAGACAUUGUAGCCGUUGUGGGCUCGAGCCACUCGGCUGCCCUGUCGCUUCGAAACCUUUAUUCGCUUCCCAUCAAACCUUUGCAGAUUAUUCAUAUCAGAAAUCGCCCGUUUUUGAUGGCAAUAGAAUCCCCAGACAAAGAUGUCAUUGUCAACGACAAUCUUGGCCUGAAAGGCAAGGUUGCAGAGUGGAUCUCUGAAUUUUAUGUCCGUUCGUCUUUGUAUCCUCCGAUGAAGAUUCUCGAGUAUGAUGAAUGCACGUUUGAUGCCGCGUUUUUCAAAAAGAACGGCAUUACAAAAUGCAUCCUUGCCAUUGGCUAUGAAAGAAAUUCGCUUCCAAACAUCUACAUUGACGGCACGGAAUUAAAUCCAGUUUCAAUAUUCUCAGAAUGUCACACGGCAAAUCUCAACGCUGGGUGUGCAAAGAUUCCGCGCGUUUACGGGGCUGGAAUAGCGUUCCCCCAAAAAAUUUAUACAAAGGAAGGGUCAACAGAGCUUAACAUAGGCAUCUGGAAAUUUGCAAAACAGCUGAAGGAAACCUUCAAGAAUAUGUGA